CGCCCGCUCGACUCCGGCCCUCUCCCCUGGGAGCCGGCCCUCUGUGCAGGGUCCGCAGGCGCAAUGGAGCGCGCGGCGGGUCCGCUGCGAGAUGCUCUCCCCGGCCCGGUUCUCGAAAGCCAAGCCCGGAGGGCCGGGUUGGACAGUGGCGUGCCGGGCGGUGGUCGGAGCGCAGAGCCCCGGGCGCCGCAGGGGGAAAGUGCCGGGGCUCCCCAUCCGGCGCGGGACCUGCCGCCGUGCCCCGGGGGUGAGUUCCUGCCUGUCACCCUCCACCCGGAGGAGCGGCGCGCCCUGAGGGUCCGCCCCGCACGCGCCAGCUCCGCGCCCGCGGCGCCUGGACAGCCCCGGGACUCUGCCAGGUGGAUGUUGUGCGUAGCCGGAGCCAAGCUGAAGAGAGAACUCGAUGCCACCGCAACGGUAUUGGCGAACCGGCAAGAUGAAAGCGAGCAGUCCAGAAAGCGGCUUAUCGAGCAGAGCCGAGAGUUCAAGAAGAACACUCCAGAGGAUUUGCGCAAGCAGGUAGCGCCGCUGCUGAAGAGCUUCCAAGGGGAGAUUGACGCACUGAGCAAGAGAAGCAAAGAGGCUGAGGCAGCCUUCUUGAACGUCUACAAGAGAUUGAUUGAUGUCCCAGAUCCGGUGCCGGCUUUGGAUCUCGGGCAGCAGCUCCAGCUCAAAGUGCAGCGCCUGCACGAUAUUGAAACAGAGAACCAGAAACUUAGGGAAACUCUCGAAGAAUACAACAAGGAAUUUGCCGAAGUGAAAAAUCAAGAGGUUACGAUAAAAGCACUUAAAGAAAAAAUCCGAGAAUAUGAACAGACUCUGAAGAACCAAGCUGAAACUAUCGCUCUGGAGAAAGAACAGAAGUUACAGAAUGACUUUGCAGAAAAGGAGAGAAAGCUGCAAGAGACACAGAUGUCCACCACGUCAAAGCUGGAGGAAGCGGAACAUAAAGUUCAAACUCUGCAAACAGCCCUGGAAAAAACUCGAACAGAAUUAUUUGACCUGAAAACCAAAUACGAUGAAGAAACUACUGCAAAGGCCGACGAGAUUGAAAUGAUCAUGACGGACCUGGAGAGAGCGAACCAGAGGGCAGAGGUGGCGCAGAGAGAGGCGGAGACCUUAAGGGAGCAGCUCUCGUCGGCCAAUCACUCCCUGCAGCUGGCCUCGCAGAUCCAGAAGGCGCCGGACGUGGAGCAGGCCAUAGAGGUACUGACCCGCUCUAGCCUGGAAGUUGAGUUGGCCGCCAAAGAGCGGGAGAUCGCCCAGCUGGUGGAAGACGUGCAGAGACUCCAGGCCAGCCUCACCAAGCUGCGGGAGAACUCGGCCAGCCAGAUCUCCCAGCUCGAGCAGCAGCUGAGCGCCAAGAACAGCACGCUCAAACAACUGGAAGAAAAACUCAAAGGCCAGGCUGACUAUGAAGAGGUGAAGAAAGAGCUGAAUAUUCUGAAGUCCAUGGAGUUUGCACCGUCUGAGGGAGCUGGGACACAGGACGCGGCCAAGCCCCUGGAGGUGCUGCUGCUGGAGAAGAACCGCUCGCUGCAGUCCGAGAACGCCGCGCUGCGCAUCUCCAACAGCGACCUGAGCGGGUCAGCCAGGAGAAAAGGGAAAGACCAGCCUGAGAGUCGGCGCCCUGGACCUUUGCCGGCCUCCCCUCCUCCUCAGUUGCCCCGCAACACGGGGGAGCAGGCUUCCAAUACUAACGGUACACACCAGUUCUCACCAGCGGGGUUAAGUCAAGACUUUUUCAGCUCAUCCCUGGCAAGCCCCAGCCUACCCCUGGCUUCUACAGGAAAAUUUGCACUAAACUCUCUCCUCCAGCGACAGCUAAUGCAGUCCUUCUACUCCAAGGCCAUGCAGGAAGCAGGAAGCACAAGCAUGAUUUUUUCAACAGGUCCAUACAGCACAAACUCCAUAUCUUCCCAAAGUCCAUUACAACAAAGCCCAGAUGUAAAUGGCAUGGCCCCGUCCCCCAGCCAGUCAGAAAGUGCUGGGAGCGUCUCCGAGGGCGAGGAGAUGGACACUGCAGAAAUCGCCCGGCAGGUCAAAGAGCAGCUGAUCAAGCACAAUAUCGGACAGCGCAUUUUUGGACAUUACGUCUUGGGACUGUCUCAAGGGUCCGUGAGCGAGAUUCUGGCCCGGCCCAAGCCAUGGAAUAAACUGACUGUUCGCGGCAAGGAGCCAUUUCACAAGAUGAAGCAGUUCCUCUCCGACGAGCAGAACAUCCUGGCUCUCCGCAGCAUCCAAGGCAGACAAAGAGAGAAUCCAGGCCAGAGCCUGAACAGACUAUUUCAGGAAGUACCGAAACGAAGAAGUGGGUCUGAAGGUAACAUCACCACCCGCAUCCGAGCCUCAGACACCGGCUCUGACGAAGCAAUCAAGUCCAUCCUAGAACAAGCCAAGAGGGAGCUCCAAGUGCAGAAAACUGCGGAGCCGGCCCAGCCUUCCUCCGCGUCCAGCAGCGGGAACUCCGACGACGCCAUCCGCUCCAUCCUGCAGCAAGCCCGCCGCGAGAUGGAGGCCCAGCAGGCCGCCCUCGACCCCGCCUUAAAACAAGCACCGCUGUCCCAGACUGACAUCGCCAUCCUGACCCCCAAGCUGCUGUCCUCCUCGCCCAUGUCCACCGUUCCCAGCUACUCUCCCCUCGCCCUCUCCCUGAAGAAGGCCCCCGCAGCUCCCGAGGCCAGCGCCUCUGCUCUGCCGAACCCCCCGGCCCUCAAAAAGGAGGCCCAGGACGCGCCCGGGCUGGACCCCCAGGGAGCUGCCGAGUCUGCACAAGGAGUUCUGAGACACGUGAAGAACGAGGUGGGCCGCAGCGGGGCGUGGAAGGACCACUGGUGGAGCACGGUGCAGCCAGAGAGGAGAAACACAGCUGCUCCUGAAGAAGCCAAGGUCGAAGAAGCCAGCAGCACGAAAGACAAGGUCAGCAGCAGCCAGCCACGGCCGGAGCGCAGCCAGCUCCAGGGACCCUCGUCGGCAGAGUACUGGAAGGAGUGGCCCAACGCCGAGUCCCCGUACUCCCAAAGCUCAGAGCUGAGUCUGACCGGAGCCAGCCGCAGCGAGACGCCCCAGAACAGCCCUCUGCCUUCCUCCCCGAUCGUCCCCAUGUCGAAGCCCACCAAGCCCUCGGUGCCCCCGCUGACCCCUGAGCAGUAUGAGGUCUACAUGUACCAGGAGGUGGACACCAUCGAGCUCACCCGGCAGGUCAAAGAGAAGCUGGCCAAGAACGGCAUCUGCCAAAGGAUCUUCGGGGAAAAGGUGCUGGGCUUGUCCCAGGGCAGUGUCAGCGACAUGCUAUCCCGGCCGAAGCCAUGGAGCAAGUUGACCCAGAAAGGCCGAGAACCCUUCAUCCGGAUGCAGCUCUGGCUGAACGGCGAGCUGGGCCAGGGUGUCCUGCCCGUUCAAGGGCAGCAGCAAGGGCCAGUCCUGCACUCUGUGACAUCGCUACAGGACCCCCUGCCGCAGGGCUGUGUGAGCUCAGAAAGCACUCCAAAGACCUCCGCCAGCUGCAGCCCUGCCCCCGAGUCCCCGAUGAGUUCCAGCGAGUCAGUGAAGAGUCUGACUGAGCUGGUCCAGCAGCCCUGUCCGCCCAUCGACACCAGUAAGGAUGGGAAGCCUCCAGAACCCAGCGACCCGCCAGCACCGGACUCCCAGCCCGCAACCCCACUGCCUCUCUCGGGACACUCAGCCCUCAGCAUUCAAGAACUGGUAGCCAUGUCUCCAGAGCUGGACACCUACGGCAUAACCAAGAGGGUCAAGGAGGUGCUGACAGACAACAACCUCGGUCAGCGCUUAUUUGGGGAGACCAUCUUAGGGCUCACCCAAGGCUCUGUCUCUGACCUCCUUGCCCGCCCAAAGCCCUGGCAUAAGCUCAGUCUGAAGGGACGGGAGCCCUUUGUCCGGAUGCAGCUAUGGCUGAAUGACCCCAACAAUGUGGAGAAGCUGAUGGACAUGAAACGGAUGGAGAAGAAAGCCUACAUGAAGCGGCGGCACAGCUCAGUCAGUGACAGCCAGCCCUGCGAGCCCCCGUCCGUCGGCACUGACUACAGCCAGGGCGCCAGCCCCCAGCCCCAGCACCAGCUAAAGAAACCCCGAGUGGUGCUGGCUCCAGAAGAAAAAGAAGCCCUGAAACGAGCGUAUCAGCAAAAGCCAUACCCAUCACCAAAAACCAUCGAAGACCUCGCCACCCAGCUCAACCUGAAAACCAGCACCGUCAUCAACUGGUUCCACAACUACAGGUCUCGGAUCCGCAGAGAACUGUUCAUUGAAGAAAUUCAGGCCGGGAGCCAGGGCCAGGCCGGCGCCAGCGACUCACCGUCGGCCCGGAGCGGCCGGGCAGCGCCCAGCUCAGAGGGCGACAGCUGCGACGGCGUGGAGGCCGGCGUGGAAGCCGCCGACGGCCCGGGUGCCCCAGACGCUGAGGAGCCGGGCGGCCCCGCAGCCGCCACCAAGUCUCAGGGAGGACCGGCCGAGGCGCAGCGGGAGGAGGCGCCGCGGCCCGCGGAGAAGGCCGAGCCGCCGUCCUCGGGGACCGCGGGUCCCGACGACGCGGACGAAGAGGGCCGGCCCCGGCCGCCGCCCGAGGGCCCCGCCGACGGCCCGGGGCCCCUGCCAAACCCCGCCGCACUCGCGGCCGGAGAGGACGCCGCUACCUCAGCCGCCCCGUCUGGGGAGGGCCCCGGCGUGGCCCGGGACGGCGCCCCGAGGAGUUCCACCUUGCCAAGCACCAGCGCGCCCGCGGCCGCCCGCAGGCCCAGCUCGCUGCAGAGCCUCUUCGGCCUGCCCGAGGCGGCGGGCGCCAGGGACUCGCGAGACAACCCCCUGAGGAAGAAGAAGGCCGCGAACUUGAACAGCAUAAUCCACCGCCUGGAGAAGGCCGCCAGCCGGGAGGAACCCAUCGAAUGGGAGUUCUGAGAGGCGCCGCCAGCCCCGCCAGCCGGGCCGAGCCGAGCCGAGCCGAAUCUGGCCGAGCCGGGCCGAGCCUGGCCGAGUUGGGCCGAGCCGGGCCGAGUCAGGCCGAGCCGGGCCGGGGCGGGCGCCGACUCCACGGCCGGGACCGUGUUGCGCACUUACGCCCUGCGGGCCACAGGGCAAAAUCGCCAUAGGCCAAGGUGCAUAUAGAAAACAAAGGAGCAUUAAGCCCAAUCUAUGUCGUGUUUUCAAGGAAGAAAACGGAAAUGUGUAGUCGAGCUUUUUUGUACCCUGAAGUGUUUUUUUUAUUGCCCUAAGUGAUUUCCACAGGUUCUGGAAUAACUCUUACAGCUUUGCCUUGCGCCCUCCUCUUUCGUGUGGGCUUUAAAAAAAAAAGUCAAACCCACAUAUUAAAAGGGGGCUUUUUAUCUGCCAUCUAAUGGCUUCAGAGCGAUAAUACACUAUUAUCUUCUUAAACCAGGAAAAAAAGGGGGGGGGAUUUUUCAGAAAAAUUAAAAAAGAAAGUUUUUGUAGCUGUUCAGUUGCCACUAAGAGAUUGCACAGUCAAACCGACUCUAAACACACUAGUUUGGAUUCCUAAAUAUUUUCAAGAAAAGAAUCUUCUCGUUUGAAACUUUGAAUUAAAAUAAAACACAUUUACUCCACAUAUUUUUUAACAAAAAGAAAAGUCACAUCAGGAAAAUAUCUGAUUUUGUGGUAGCUGAUGUAGUGUUUUCUUGUACGUGAAUAGAAUCCUGACAUGUAGUGCACAUUGAUCCAUAGCUUUAACUGACUCUGGGCUUUUGCUGACCAGAGUUUGUUUAAUACACUCCAUUCUAGGCCAAAUCAGGACAAAAAGAAAAGAUCCGAAUCUAGGUAUUUUAUAAUCUGCUUUUUAACCUCUAACCGCAGAGCACGCUGAUCAGACCUCAUAUCUCGGAGGUUUAGGAGACAAGUUAGAACUGUAGCACGUAUCUGUUCAUUUUGUUUAAUUUAUGGUGUCUAUCUGUGUCCAUGCGUCUGCACAGGUGUGAGCAUUGAAAGCAAGGAGGAAAGAGUAGGCCAGCAAGGUCACAGCGGGCAGUUCUGUGUAGACAGCAGUCCACAAGUCUUUCCUUGGCACAGAAGGCACCCCACCUCACACCACUCUUCUGGGCACCUGAUGGACUAAGCCCUCCCAGGGGAAGAUGCUCCCUGGGCCUGGGCAGGGCUCUUGCGCACUCUCUCUUCCCCUUUCUUCCCACCACAAGCACUGAUGACUCUGUUGAAUUUGUGGGAAGCUUCCUUCCCUGCAGAAGAGAGAAGGUGACAGUCUGAGCUCCCCUCCCACCCCUAUAGAGAUGGCCCAAACUCACACCAAAUCGUUGAUGCUCUUCGCUUCCAUGCCAGACCAUUUGCCCUGCAUUCAGUUCACCUCUUAGAAAGUUCUUUUAUGCACAGUUUAAGGCAGUCUAAGUACAAAUCAGAAGUCUAACUUGUCUCUGAUUCCUCCUGUUGUCUAUGUGUAUAUGCGUGAAAAUAGAGGUGGAUGAGUGUAUGCGUGCGUGUGUGUGUGCAAUUUUAUACGUCUGUGUAUUUUCUUAAGUACCUGUGCACACAUAGAGUGCAUUACUGCCACCUUUUUUCAAUAAGCUGUUUUAUCAGUUAUGGCUUCUACAAGUUUGCUAAUUUAGACUCCUUUAUUGCCAUAUCUUUAAACUAACAAUAGAUGAUUUCGGUAUAUAUAUAUAUAUAUUUUUUUUUUGCUUAUUUAUAGGUGCUGUAUUUUAUUAUCUGAUUGUUAGGAAGGGAUGAAAGGGGCAAAUAUUCUUUAGAGGGAUAGACUGCCGGCAGUAUUGGGUAUAAUUUACAAGAUGUAGUUGUCAUACUGUAUAUUACUGAUUGAAAACUUUUUGACCGUAUUGUGUAUCAUUGAAACCUUUGUCUUAGGUCAACAUCUUUGGAUGACAUUUUAAUGGUGCAUUCAUUAUUUCUUAAGUUUAAUUAAUAUUACUUUUUUUGAUUUGGGGGGGUGGGAGGGAGUUAUAAUUUUAAAGGUAUGCUCCCGCUAUUACACCUCAGUGUGCUUGUUAUUAAUUAACUUGUAGGACUUUGACUGUAAGAUGUGCAACCACAUUUCUUGCAUGAUGUUUUAGAGAUUAUGUAUUUCAUUUACAGUCUUUUAACCUGCAACUGCAGCACUUAGUUCAAGUUUUCACAAAUUUAAGAGUCACUACACUAAAGACAAUGCCUUUUCAUGAAUGAGAAGUUUUCAGAAGGCUCUAGGAGGCUGGGAGGCAGGCCGUUUGUUUGUCUUUUGAUGGUUGCAUCAUUUCUGAACUUGAAAUCUGGUUCAGUGAGGAGAGAAUUCAAAAUGGAGGAGCUUAAGGGGAAAUGGAUCCACAUCUGGCUCGAUUCAGGUGCAUUCAGAAGAGUGAGUUUGCAUCAGUGACCCUUAGGACAGUGAGAAGCAGAGCCGCCGACAGAACUGUGGUGUCCUCUCCACGAAAACCUCGAGGGACUUUUGUCAUCAUGUGUGAUGAAUCUCUAAGUAUCAUCUAAUAUUCGUUAGAAUGAAAAGCAGGGAGUUAACGGGAAAUAGUAGGCUAGUGUUUUAGUUUUAAAGGCAUGACUGUUAUUUACAAAGGUGUUAAAUCUGAGGAAAUUGAAAAAAUAUAAAUUUCUCCAUUCUAGUGGCCAAAUAAUAACAGUCUAAAACAGCCACUUUGGCCCUUCCAAGCAAUUUAAUCAUUUUUGUUAUUUUUUGUUAUUUUUUUUUAAUUUUAAUUUUUAACUAGGUUAUUGUUGAUUUCCAUUCUGUCUUUUUUUGCCAGACUUACAUCUGGGUGCUCGACACAAUCAGUUGGUUAAAUUUUGCUUGCAGUUCUGUGAUUGUAUUUUUUCCCCUAUUAUUUAUUUUUCUUUUAAUUGAGUUCAAACCUUACGAUCUUUUGUGUUAAGCUAGCACUGUCUGUAAUACUUCUAAGAGCUGCCACUAAAUAACACAGCAACUUGUGGAGUGGGACGCACCCCCUCCUCUUUGGGCCCCUCAGUCUGAGUCUAAGGGUUAAUCUUUCAUCUUGAUAAGCAAUAUUCAAGUGCCUUGAACAGUGUCCUCUUGGUGUGGUCUCCCUUCCGCUGGCUGGCGUUCCAAGCAGUAGCAGGCAGCCGACCCUCCUCCUCUUUACGCUCUAUCAGUUUAAAAAGCUGAUUUGUACCUCUCCCCUGGGGGAAACGGUUCCAUAUAAAACACUAACACUUAAUUACAAGCUCCAUUAUACCAUUUGAAAUGGCUUCUUUUUGUUAAUUGGAGGCAGUGUUCAUAACAUAAGGUUUUUGCCAUUACUUAGCGGGCUAAGUGGAAGCUCAGCAUAAAAUCAGUGUUCACUUUUAGCCUCUUGGCCCUUGGUUCCUGCCUACGUUCCUUUGUGGUAUCCAAGGUGGCAGGUGUGUGGGUUCUGUCCUAGACCUGUGGCUUACUUCACCCCAAAAAAGAGAGUCUUCUGUCCCCACCUAGCUCCCAGGUAACCUCCAACCUCCCCUCUUGAAUUUCUGGAUCCGUCAAGAUAUCUGUGGUUUCUGUUCACCAGAUCUCUCUUCUUUAGAAAGGCUCAUCAAGGCCGCGUAGCUCAACCCUGUUCUCCUUGCCACCCUGCCUGAGGUGCAUGACCUCAUGAGGUGGCUUUGGUCAUCUCCAGGGAAGAGUCUGCAGGGGCAGGAUCAGAGCAGGAUGCAGGCUUGGGAGAAAUCUCUGAGAAAUGCCAGGAUCAUGACUCAUAGGAUGGCUAUCAAACCACGCUGCUGUCUGUCUAUGAAAGUAAUUGAGAGAAAGAUAACAGUUCCCUUGUCCUUCCAAAGCACAAGUGCUUCCCUGCCCAGUUUCCUUCCUGUCGGCGUCUUUGUUUCCUUUGCACUUAGAAACCAUCCUGUCUGACAUGGCCGGGCAGAUCUGCUGGUUGGUGCAACAGAACUCUGGGCUGAGUGUUCCUCUGUGGACACCCCCCAGGACCAGAUGGCAAGCUCUCACACAUCCCGUCUGCCUUCUUGGCUAAUGCUAAGGUCAGGCAUGCAGCUCAGGAGAAAACUGAGCAGGAAGCAGGUCGUGCUGUAAUCCAGAGAAGUGGCUAACGAUCCUAAGACCAUGUGCCAUGGUUGUGCCUAAAGAGAGAUGGGAACAGGAGUCACCAGAUGAGCUCAGUCACAGGCAGGUGCCUUGCUGACUAAAGUUGGACUGGAUUUCUUUGUUUCUCCUGAACUCAUGUCCUUUUAUACAGGGGUGAUUGAUGAACUCUGUUGACAUUCUAUGCAAUGUUUCUCAUUCCUCUGAUUUUAGAAAAACAGGUCUCACUGAAGAAUAGCAGCAGAGCCUGGGGAAAUAUACCCACAUCCCUCUGGGAUUAGCACAAAGCAAAGUGGUGAUAGUGACUUACUGGAUCUUGUUGGGCUGAGGGACAAUGGCCUUUGCCUUAAAUGCACUAUGACGUGUGUUUCUCGGCAGGCCAGUAAAAUCUGAAGUAUGCCCUCAGUCCUUCCAAGGCCCAGCUUUCUGGGGCCUCCAGGCCAGUUGUGCAGGGAGAGCUGUUAGCUACGGUACUUGAGGCUGGAGGCUUGGCUCCCACCACGCCUCGGGGGGCCCCAUCCCUCCUUGGUUGCCCUCCCUCAUCUUCACACUCCUCAUCAUCCCCUUCUACCUCACUAGCCUGCUCGCCAUGUGACGUCAGUCAGAACCACACCCCACAGCGCUGUGAGGCAUGUGGGCUCGGGGCUGGGUGGGAGAGCUACCGCAUGUUAGCGUCUCUUGGCCUGGUGAGCAGGCUUUUUGUCUCUUCUGUGAGCACAACAUGGACAGACAGCUGUGCUCUGCGAGGCACAUGGAUUUUUCUCUUGACUUCCACCUGUUCCUAAAGCUCCAGCAGCUGUUUCCUUUGCAAACAGGGAGGGGCCAUCUCAGGCCUCAGAGGGCCUUGUCUUUGGUCUGCCUUUGCUUUCCUGCUCAGCUGUUAAGAUCCAUCCACAGCCCUUUUGCUUGCCCUGGGCUGUCCCUGCAUGGCCACAUGAGGAUGCCUCCCCAUGAUCCUACCUGGCACUGGGGUACGCUGUAGCUAUCCAGUGUCAAUUGUAUUUGGCACUGGGGAUCAUUGGUUCAGCUUUGCUGGAAGUUCACCUUUGCAGACAUCAAAUAUCGCAAGGACAGAAAAGGGUAGCUGGCUCUCUGCAGCCUGCAGUCACAUGACCCUUUCUCCCCCGAAGAAUAUUGCCAGUUUCCAUCCAGUUCUGCAGAAAACUCGCUCCCAGGCUGCUGGUUUGAUAACUCCACCCACUCUGGUGGCCAAAGUGUUCGCCUGAGGGAGAGAAUUUGGAAGUGGCAUCCUGAGGAUUUGUGCUGUCAUCAUGUACUUGGGCAUCUACCAGGAAAAGCUCGCAUUUAGAAAUCCCUGCCAGCUCUUCUGCAGUUUCAUUUGGGUCUUGACAACAUUAAGGAAGCCUUUGUGACCACCAGAGCAGAGCUCGUGCCCUAAGUGGUAAGGUAGUGGCCUGGGACUCUAAAGUGACAUGGUUUCAUCUCGCAGUGCAUUCAGUGCCGAUUUGGCCGGCACACUUGCGUGCUAAGAGAGCAUGUGAGGUCCAGUUUGACAAUACUAUUUCCAUUCCCUUCAAGUUUUGCUUUUUUUGUAGAUGAAAACUACUGGGAAAGGGAACACGAGUUCCCAAUAAAGUUAAUAAAAGAUCCAGGCUGUGAAAUCCUUAGAGAUGGGCUAGAAGCUAAGGCCAGGACCCUCGGGGUCCGUCAGGACAGAAGAGAAAGGGGAUGACGGGUGCAGGAAGCCAAAUGUUAACUGAGCCCCAGCCCGGAGUCUUCCUGACCCCAGAAGCCCUGAUGGCCUGUGCACCUCAUUCCUGGCCAGGGGGGUAGAAGAAAAUGCGACUUUGUCCUGUGCACCCCACUCCCAGGAACUGCCCCUCCUGCCCUGGCCUCACCCACCGCUACCUCCCCUCCAAAGAUACCGACCAUGUCCAUGCCAUCAGUGGCAUCAUUUCGAGUUUUCAUUUUUGGAUGAAGUGACAUUUAGCUUUAACAAGACAUUUCCAAAGCGCCUAGUCUACUCCAAAAUGCUAACUUUAAAAGUUGGGCAUUGUAGGCGAAAAAAUCCUGAAAAAAAGAGGCUGGUGAGAGAAAGACAUGAGGCUAUGCAUAAAUGUGCACUUCCCCAUUCCCCUGUUAUUAAACUUUUAAAAUGCCUUUGAGUUAUUUUUCAUGGAUCAUUUUAGUUUAUUCAAUAAUUGUUAAGAAGUGUAGUCUGCGUUACUGUAAUUUCUGUAGUGUUUAGGCUUUAAUUUCUACCACAAAAUAUGCUGUAUGCUAUGUAUCAAGCUUUCUGUGAUCAGAAAGGAAAGGUGCCUUAUACCCCAAUGUCACAGCUACAUCCCUAUGGAAAUAAUCAGAAGCACAGUGUGUAUGUACGGAAGCCUCGGGACUUCCGUCGGUGAAACAAGACACCAUUCAGCAAGACGCAUUGAAGUGGCGCGGAGCUGCUUUUGUUUUAUAAUUCCUUUUUCCCCCUUUUUCGUCUUUUUUUUUUUAUGUGUGUGUGUGUGUAGUUUGCUUUAAACAGAAAGCACUUAAAUGGAUGACUUAUGUGUAAAAGCUCUGUGCAAUAGAAAUCAUUUUUCUUCAUUUUUAAAAGAUAACGUAUUGCACACCAAAUGAACUCAAAGUAAGCUUUAGACCAGGACGAUUCAGGUUGUGGAUGAGUAUGUUCACUGUAGUUCCGUUUGUUCAUGAACCGAAGGGAAAACAGGCCACGCCCAACCCCCUCAGCCUCCCAGCCUGCCUGUCACUGACCACGGAGCUGGGCGUGCGGCGUCCCCGGGCUGUGGCCGGAAGCGCUGGCCCAGUGAGGCAGGGUGGCGGGUGUUUGUGAUUCCACAGCUGAGACCCUUCCUGAGUGUCUGAGACCACAGCCAUCCCUUCCAGCACUUAACCUUGUCUUGUUGAGAUGGACUAACUGCUACUGACCUGCCAGCGUGCAUGAGGAUAAUUAUAAAAGGAUGUUUCCUUGAGAAAAAAAAAAAUUAUUUCUAUCCUCUUCUAUUUAUUAUUAGGUUAAUCAUUUAAGUACUUAUCAGGAGUGUAUUAUUGUUUUGUGUUGUUGUUAUUAUAAAUGCUUUUUGCUAUCACUCCAGUGGUUACUGUCCUCUGCCUCCUCCCCUCCCGCCUCCCCGAGAGACCCGAAGCGUCUGGGGACUUGUCUGGCGGGCAGAGGGGGUUUCUCCAGCAGAGUCAAACACCUGUCUCCAGAGUAGCCACUCAAAAACUGGUGGUCUCUAUGUGUCUAACUUUUUACACGAGAGAGUUUAUGAACAAAAAUCUGCCAAUGGAAGGGAGUGCCUGGUUCAAGGCCACUCUCGUGAGGAGCUGCAGAGGAAACUUAGAAAAGCCAAGUUCAGUUCCCCAAAGCCUCCUAGAGCCUCCGGUAAGACUUCUGGGUUCAUGAAGUUGUGGCGAGCCCUGGUCAGAGAGGGCACAGCGGCCUGGUGCAGACAGUCACGUCCAAGUGAGAGAAUGUUUCUUGCAAGGUUCACAUGGGUUGAUAUGUUUUGGUUGGUUUUUGUUGUUGUUGUUGUUGUUGUUGUUUUCCUUGCAUACCAAGUUGGUCAAAACCAUCUUUGAAGCAACAGUGUUUCUUAGUACCGGCUGUGGCUUGAGGACUCACCUGGGAGGUCAUGGGCGGGGAGCCCCUUUUCCUUUUAAUGUGGUUAAAUGUGGAAGAAGGUUGGAUGUGGAGAAAGCUUUCUGUGUCUAGUGGCAUGGCCAGUGAGACAUCCAGUUGCUUGCUAACCAAGUGUAAGGAUGAGGUGGGGCUGCCUUGAGCCCACGGGCCCAGCAGAAGGAAGCUCCCCCAGGCCAAGGCAGGGGCCCUGCACACCCCAAGGUGGGGCCCGACAGCUGGCUCCACUGGCCAAGGACCCACCGGACCCCUGAAUCACUCGGCAGAGCACCUCCUUCCAGGCCAUGACUUCUCCCCUUCCCUGACGUUGUUGGGGGGGUCCUGAUUUUGUUCUCUUCUUUGAAAGAAAGCCCUCCAACAAAACACCUGCCCCUAACCCACCAAAGGGUUUUCAUUUUUCUCUAAUUAGUCUAUGCAUUUCUCUCUCUCUCUCUCAAACCAUUUUCCACCUCUUUCCUUGAGAAAAUGGGCGUCUCAUGUCCCCCCCAUCUGAGACCCCUCAGAAAAUGCUGUGCAUUUUGGAGACGUGAGAAUUCAUUCAAAAUUCUUAAAGCAUUUGAGAAUAGCUUAUUAUAAAAUGAAAAUGGAGGGAAAAAAAAGGCGGUUUUCCCCACGUCCCUUUCCAUUGAGUAAGAGACCUAGCUCUUUGCGUUUGUGCAAUAACUACUUGCCGUGAGGGCGGGUAGCGCCGCGCUCCUGUCCAGACUACUAACAGCACAAGACGCGCGCACAGGGUGGCCGAAUCUUCCGGACAGCUCUUAAUAAGCUCAGCUCCCCCCAGUGGAUUGUGGUGUCUUACAUUUUAGCAGUAUUUUAUAUUUUCUGUAACGCACUAAGUCUUAGAUGUUUUUAGAGCUCGUUUGUUAAUACUCACAAUCACAGAUUUUUUUUUAAAUCCUCACAGAGACCCCCCAAUUGACCAAAAAGAAAAAAAAGAAAAAAGGCGUCAUUUUUGUACAAAUAGCUUUUGAGAAGCCUCUGUUGUGUUGCUGUGACUCAUCUCUAAUAACAUUUUAUUUCUUGCUAUUUGUUUUCAACAUUAAGAGUCAAAGUUGAUCUGGCUGGCGUGGGGGUGGGGGAGGCACCCGUCGGCCGCUCGGCGCUGUCCCUUCUGUCUUUGGUUAGCCAUACGAUGUUUGUUCUCAGCACUGUACAACGGUCCCUAUAUGAUAUGGAGAAGCAAUAUCACUGUAUGAAACUCACACCAUGUAUUAUUAUUAUUCACUAGCACCCUAGGUGUGAUAAUUGAAGUAAAUAUCUUUUAUACAAACACAA